AUGACUGGAUUGAAAAAUUUGAACUUGUUGGGAAAUCAUUUCACUGGCAAAAUUCCCUCUGAGAUUUCGCAAUUGACUUCGUUGACCGGACUUUACCUCGAGUUGAAUCGGUUGUCAGGCACCAUUCCCUCGGAGAUUGGACUAUUGACUUCAUUGUCCGUGCUUGACUUUUGGAGCAAUCAAUUGACCGGUCAGAUUCCUUCUGAGCUUGUGCUCCUGACCUCAUUGGCAGGCCGUCUUUCCCUAUCUGCCAAUCAGUUUACCAGUCCAGUUCCUUCUGAGUUUGGUGCAUUUACUGGUUUAAGUAUGCUGUUGUUGAAUGGCAACCAGUUGACAGGUCCAGUGCCUUCUGAGCUUGGAAAGUUGAGUGCUUUGAAUUCAUUAUGGUUGAAUCAAAAUCAUCUCACUGGUCAAGUCCCUUCCGAGCUUGGCCUUUUGACGGCUUUGACAGGGCUUAGGUUCAACGACAAUCUAUUGACGGGGACAAUUCCUUCUGAGCUUGCGUUCUUGACCUCAUUGGAAGACCUUUGGAUUUACUCGAAUCAGUUGACCGGUCGGAUUUUAUCAGAGCUUGGCCAACUAAGCUCGUUGCGUUGGCUGCAUCUUCAUGAGAAUCGGAUGACAGGUCCAUUUCCUUCUGAGCUUGGACAGCUGACCUCAUUGCGAGAGCUUGAACUGUCUGCCAAUCAGUUCACCGGCACAAUCCCUACAGAAAUUGGCAUGAUGACAGCUUUGACAUCUCUGAGCCUUCAAAACAAUAACCUGACAGGAGCACUUCCCAUCCAACUGAAUGCAUCUAUGGUGUUAAGGCUAUAUGGGAACCAGUUCUCGGGGACUGUGCCAGAGCAUCUUUGUUCAUUUCUAUGGUGUGAUUGUUCCCAAAAUGAGACGCAUUCGGUUGCCACAUGUGCUGACCUCACUGAAGGUCCGCCUGCUUGGCCUGGGCGGUUUCCAACCACAGGUCUUGCUGUCAUGCUCAAUAUUCAAACCGCUGAUCAUCCAUGGGAAACAUCGUGGGUUUGGCAGAAGGAAACCAAUGUGACUGGUAUUUGGGCUGCAUUGGAAUCAGAUGGUCCACUGGGUGUUAAAGAGUAUCUGUACUCCUCUCUCUUCCCAGUUAUCACUGACACAUCCUACAGACUGGUUGUAUCAGACAGUUUUGGUGAUGGCAUAUCCUCUGGCUGGAUCACUGUGACAGCCACCAACCAAACCACGUUGUAUUCUUUGGAAGCUGGGGAGACCUUUUCUGAAAUUACCAUUGGCGUUUUGGUUGGAGCAGAUGGAUUUGUUGGCAUAACCAAUUCUACAACUCUGUGA